AUGUUCUCAGAGGCCAGGAACGUUUCUCACACAGUAACUGAGUUUAUCCUCCUGGGUUUUCCUAGCUGCUGGGAAAUCCAGGUGCUAAUUUUUUGUCUAUUCUCUGUGACUUAUAUUCUGACUAUCCUUGGAAACAUGGCCAUUGUCUGUGUAUACUGGGACUUCCGGCUCCACACUCCCAUGUACCUGCUGCUGGUCAACUUCUCCUUCCUAGAGAUCUGCUAUGUCAACUCUGAUGUGCCCAACAUGCUGGCCAAUUUCCUAUCUAAAACCAAAGCCAUUCCCUUUACUCGAUAUCUUCUCCAGUUAUACGUCUUUUCCCUGGGUACCACAGAGUGCUUAUUUCUUUCCUUCAUGGCCUAUGAUCAUUUCUUAGCCAUUUGCCACCCACUGCACUACCCCACCAUCAUGACCACUAAAUUCUGCAGUAACCUGGUCAUCUUUUGUUGGGCAUAUGGUUUCCUCUGGUUCUUGGCCCCAGUAGUUCUUGUCACUCAGCUACCAUUCUGUGGUCCAAAUGUUAUUGAUGACUUCUUAUGUGACUUGGGGCCAUUGCUGGCCCUGGCUUCAGCUUGUGUCCCUAUCCCAGGGACUGUUCUCAUAUGUGGCUCCAUGAGCUCCCUCCUCAUCUUUGCCACCUUCUUCUACAUCAUUGGAUCCCACACCUUAGUGCUGAGAGCUGUACUAGGAGUACCCUCAGUCUCAGGACGGCAGAAGGCCUUCUCCACCUGCUCUUCACAUCUGGUUGUGGUUCUUCUGUUUUAUGGCUCUGUCAUGAUGACAUAUGUGAGUCCAGGCUCAGGACGAGCAGAGGGGAUGCAGAAAUUCACUACUCUGUUCUACUCUGUGAUGACCCCUCUCUUCAAUCCCCUUAUUUACAGCCUCCGAAAUGAGGAGAUGAAGGAAGCCUUGAAAAAAGUUCUAGGAAGAGCUUGA